UACACCACUAGUCCACUACUAGCAAAGCCUAGCUCACUUCGCACGACCAAAGCCGAUGCGUGCUCACCCAAUUCGACACCGAUACGUCGCCGCCAUGAUGAACGUCGUGGCCAUCGGGCUCGUGCUCUCGACCCUAGCCGCCGCGGGGGUCUGGUCGCCGUCGCCCGCGCCGCCGGCCGAGCCGCACGGCGACUACGUCGUCCGGGAGGGGCGCCGCGUGGUCAUCGUCGAGUACGAGCGCGAGGUCCCGCUCUCGGGCGAGGACGGCGGCACCGUCAAGGUCAAGGAGACGCGCGUCCUGCCCCCGGAUGCUCUCGACGGCGUCGAGGGCCAGGGCGUCGGCGGGGUCUUCGAUGGAGCGAAGGGCGUGGUCUCCGACGCGGCCGGCAGGGUGGCCGGCGCGGCGGAGGAGGGCAAGGAGCGGCUGUCCGACGCCACGGAGGGCGCCAAGGGCGGCGUCCUCGGCGCGGUCAAGCGGUGCAAGGACAGGCUCUGCGGCGCGGGCAGGAGAGUCGAGGAGGGUGCCAAGGACGCGGCGUCCCGCGUUGAGCGUGGCGCGGAGGACGCGGCGAGGGGCGCCGUGGAGACGGUGUCGGACGCCAAGGACAGCGCCGAGAGCAAGGCGUUCGACGUCGCGCAGCAAGGGAAGGACGCCGUGAAGGGGGCCAAGGACAAGGCGUCCGACGCGGCGCAGCAAGGGAAGGAGACCGUGAAGAGCGCCAAGGACAAGGUCUCCGAGGCGGCCGGCAAGGCCAAAGAGAAGGCGUCCGACGUCCAGCACGGAGCAGCCGAAGCCGCCAAGAGCGCGAAAGAUCGGGUGUCCGAGGUGGCCAAGCACGCCAAGGACAGCGCCAAGGAGACCGUCCGGGGCGCCAAGGACAGGGUCUCCGACAUGGCCGAGAGGGCCGAGGAGUACGCGGAUGACGCCGCGGAGCGCGCGGCGGACACGGCCGCGGAGGCCGAGGCGGCCGUGAAGGCGAAGGCCGGCGAGGUGCGGAAGAACCUGACGGACAUCGCGCGGCGUGCCCGCGACGUUGCGUCCGACGCCGCGGCGUACCUACUCGGCGGGCCCCGGGAGGCCGCCCGCACCGCGACGGCCGUGAUGCACCUCCUGGGCUUCGCCACCGCCUACGGCACCUGCGUGUGGGUGACGUUCGUGUCCAGCUACGUGCUCGCGGCGGCGCUGCCGCGGCAGCAGCUGGGCAUGCUGCAGAGCAAGCUGUACCCGGUGUACUUCCGCGCCAUGGCGUACGGCGUCGGGCUGGCGCUCGCCGCGCACCUGCUGGGCCGCGAGCGGAGCUCCGCCGCGGCGCGCGCGCAGAGCUUCAACCUCCUCGCCGCGCUGGCGCUAGUCCUCGCCAACAUGCUGCUGCUCGAGCCGAAGGCCACCAAGGUGAUGUUCGAGAGGAUGAAGGUGGAGAAGGAAGAAGGCCGGGGGCGCGACGUGGCGGACAUCGUCGACCCGCCGACCGUCACUGUGUCCACGACGGCGACCAACGCCGCCAGGGCGGCCCGCGCGGAGGCGGCAGCCGCAGCCGCGCCCGCGGCAGCGGCGCGUACGUCCACCCCCGUCGACGGCGCUUCGGCGGCGGCGAAGGCGGCGGGCGGCGACGCGGAGAUGUCGAAGAGCAGGUUGGUGAGGCUGAGCAGGAUGCUGAAGAAGCUCAACGGCUACUCGUCCCUGUGCAACGUGCUGUCGCUCAUGUCCCUCACCUGGCACCUCUUGCACCUGGCGCGCCGCCUCCAGACGGGCACCGCCUGCUAGGAUCGGCUCGGCUCCUGAUGCUCCGGCUUCAUCGUGUCGUGUGGUGGUUUUCGGCGUCAGUCAAGUCAUAUUGUGGAUCUGACGCAUGUUUGUUCAGUAGUUCUCUUAGGGUUGUACUUGAUGCGUGCUUACAGGCCGGUGUUAACUUGAACGGCAGUAGUCUAGUAGUAAUGCAAGUGUCAAGUUGUAUCUGGUGCUAGGAGUAGCUUGUAGCACUAGCAGCAUGGGUGUAAGUAAAUCUGCAAGUUUUCAGGUCAA